AUGAUCUUUACCGUCCUCAUCGUCAUUCGCUGGCGGAGGACGCAGGUUCUUGUUAUAACCACCAGCCUCUCCGCGAGGGCGCCGCCGCCAAUCCCACGCCUGCCUCCUCCCGAGCCGCACAACGCCCUCAUCCAUACCGACCUCCAGCCGCCGCUGUCGCCGCGCACCUGCCGCACCCUCCGCCGUCUACAACCCGCGCAGCCGUUCGGGACCGAGGCCGCGAGUCAGGGCAGUGGCGGCGGCGCUCAUCUUCACGCACGAUGGAAGCGGCCGGUAGCUGGUUAUCAGCUGGCAGCCUGGCCGCUGGUUUUUGUUCAGCUGAAUUAUAAGUACUCUGCGCUCGCGGCUGCAACCCUCCUCGUGGCAUCAUCGCUGGGUAUGCCUGAGCUCUCCUCGGGCGGGUCAAAGGCCACGCCCGGACAGCUCAUCGUCGCAAACAACAUGAACCGGCCCUUCCGUCUGGACCCGGGCGCAGAAGGGAAUAUCAUCAUCCAUCAGGGACAGAUGACAGCUAGAGAGACAUCUAUGGAUCUCAUCCUAAGCGAGCAAAAUGCACAACACAGUCAGGCAGAAGUGAGCUACAGCGCUGGCGACCAAGGAACGUAUAACUUUGCCAUCAGGCCAGUCGAAGGCGGGGGCUUCCCCAGAGCAAUCGAGGUGAUCCCCUUGGCACCGCGUCCUUCUUCUCCUCGGUGCCAGCCCUUGGUGUGGUAUCCCGGACAAGGAAAUGCACAGCAAUCUAGGGGCCAGGACCACACGCCGCUCCGCAUCUUCCUCCAUGAAGCCCAAGCCCAUGACCCACCAGCAUUUGGUGCCACUGGCGCCGGCGCAUACUACUUUGCCAAGCGAGAAAUCAACGCCGAUCGAAAGGCGAAGCUCGAGGCUCAUCGCCAGAAACGACAAGAUAUCCGCGCCAUGGAGUACGGCCCUUCGCAGCCCAUGAUCCCGAGCGAGAACGGCGUCGCCACAGCCGCGAACUCUUCCACGAAGCCCGACUACGCCGGGUCGCCCAGCGCCGAGUCCAGCAACGACCCCUCGCCCGCGGGUCAGGACCUAGGUAUCGAAUCCGCUGCGAAGCGAGAAAAGGAAGAUGUCAGCCCAUACGAGAGUAAAGUAGGCUAUCGCAGCCGCAAGGGCGACCGCUUCUCGUGA